UCUAUCUAUUAUAUUAGGUAUUUUUAAAGUCAUGUUAAUACGGGACAUGCGUGAAGCGUUUGAGGUUUUCAGGGACUAUUUUAUUCGAUUUUUCAAUGCGUGACAACACAUGUCAAUGCGGGACGGUUGGUCGCUUUAAUGUUAACCCACAUCGAUGUUUAGAUGUUUUAAGUGGAAGAACAUCGAUCUAUUUUUGUCAAAUUAUUUAAAAAACUAAGGUUUUUUAUUGAAUACAAAAGGUUUCAAAACAAACGAUAUUUUCACAAAUUCAAAGAAUAUAACAAAACCAAAGAAUGAUUGAUUAAAAAAAAAAAUCAUAACAUCGAUGUAUCGAUGGUUCUUCCAGCACUAAUACAUGUACAUAUAUUAUCACUUUUCUUCGUGAAUAUUGCUUCGUAAAUAUUGCUCGUCUGUAGUGUCUCCUAAUCUAAUUAAACUGGAAAAAUGGCAAAUAAUUAUUUAGAGCCAGUUAGCAAUCAUUUUCCGCAUAUUGAUGACGACAGUUUUUUAAAAAACACUCAAAAAGCAAAAGCCAAGAAACUCAACACGAACCCAUUUGAGGAAAAAUAUGAUGACGAUGAUGAUAUGUCAACUCAAAGCCGCCAGGCUUAUAUUGAGAAACGUAGACAGAUUGAGGAACGCACUCUGGACUCUUCUAAAAUAAGCUUGGGUUUACUUUACGAAACUGAGGAGGUGGGCAAUGCCACCGCAGUGGAACUUACUAAACAACGUGAACAGCUGGAAAAAACAUCUCUUCAAUUAGAUGAAAUCAAUGUUACAUUACGGACCAGUCAAAGACAUUUGACAGGACUUAAAAGUUUGUUCGGAGGUCUCAAAAACUAUCUUUCGGGAAAUCGUGUCCAACCCACACGCUCACCCAACACACCCGCUAAUUCAAGUGCCAUUGAAGAAGAAGUCCAAACAUCAUCGGCGGAGCUUUACGAUAAUCAGCCGGUUAGCCGAAUACGAAAUGUUGGAAGUACUUCUCACCAUCAGCAGACACAGCAACAACAUAAUUUCGAAUCAUGUUUAGAAUCGAAUCUUAAAGAAAUGUGUGACAAUCUAUCCCGUUUGAAGUGCUUGGCUAAUAAUUUAGGCACUGAAAUCGAAUCGCAAAAUGAUUUGCUUGAUAACAUGAAUUAUAAGGUCGAAGAUGUGGAUUUAAAAAUUAGCAAACAAAGUAAACAAAUGAACCUGCUGUUAAAGAAAUAACGGCAAAAACAAACAAAUUUAAUUUUUAAAAGAUAUAAGAAAACUAUACUAUUGUUAAUUAUCGUGUAACAUAAAUUUGCGAAAAAAUAUAAAUACAUAUACAAGCCCCGAC